AUGAACAAACAAGAAGAUUUUGAACUUGCUCCUAUUGACCCCGAAAUUGAACGUACUUUCAGAAAAAGGAGAAAGGCACAAAAGGCUAACAGCCGCUGCAACAUGGCUGAAAAUGUUGGAGAAGAAGAAGAGGGUGCGCAAAACAUGACUAAUCCUAUUGUCUUGGCGGAUGAUAGAGCCAGGGCAAUAAGAGAAUAUGCUGCCCCUAUGUUCAACGAGCUCAAUCCGGGCAUUGUGAGGCCCGAAAUUCAAGCACCUCAGUUUGAGCUCAAACCUGUCAUGUUCCAAAUGCUCCAAACAGUUGGUCAAUUUAGUGGGUUGCCAACGAAAGAUCCUCAUCUCCAUCUUCGCUCAUUUUUGGAGGUGAGUGACUCUUUCAAGCUACAAGGAGUAAGUGAAGAGGCGCUAAGAUUGAAGUUGUUCCCGUUCUCUUUAAGGGUUCGAGCUAGAUCAUGGCUCAACACCCUUCCUCCCGAUUCGGUGACAAAUUGGAACGACUUGGCUGAAAAAUUCUUAAGAAAGUACUUCCCUCCCACUAGAAAUGAAAGGUUUCGAAGUGAGAUUAUGUCUUUUCAACAAAUGGAAGAUGAGUCUACUAGUGAUGCUUGGGAAAGAUUCAAGGAGCUAUUGAGGAAGUGUCCUCACCAUGGUAUACCACAUUGCAUACAAAUGGAGACAUUUUACAAUGGUCUCAGUGCAGCCUCUCGAAUGGUAUUGGAUGCUUCAGCCAAUGGAGCCAUUCUUUCCAAGACUUAUAACGAAGCAUUUGAGAUUUUGGAAAGAAUAGCAAGCAACAACUACCAAUGGUCAAAUACUAGAGCUCCUACAAGCCGGAAAGUAGCGGGUGUUCUUGAAGUAGAUGCUCUAACCACUCAAAUGGCCUCAAUGACCAACAUCUUAAAGAAUAUGAGUUUGGGAGGGAAUAUACAGCCAGCUGCUGCCAUUCAAAGUGCAGAAGUCUCAUGUGUUUAUUGUGGGGACGGACAUACUUUUGAGAAUUGCCCAUCAAAUCCAGCCUCGGUUUGCUAUGUGGGUAAUCAAAAUUUCAACCGCAACAACAAUCCGUAUUCAAACUCUUACAAUCCAGCGUGGAGGCAACAUCCAAAUCUGUCAUGGGGGGGUCAAGGAGCAAGUUCAAGUGGAGCACCAGCACAAGGAAAACAGUCAAUUCCACCGGGGUUUUCUCAACAACCAAGAGCUCAACAACCUCACCAAUCUCAAGGCUCUCAAUCUAGUUCCUUGGAGAGUUUAAAGAGAGAUUAUAUGGCCAAAAAUGACGCUGUAAUUCAAAGCCAGGCAGCUUCUCUUCGCAAUCUGGAAAUUCAGUUGGGGCAAUUGGCGAAUGAUCUGAAAAAUAGGCCCCAAGGUUCCUUGCCUAGUGAUACCGAGAAUCCAAGAAGGGAUGGUAAAGAACAUUGCAAGGCCAUUAAUUUACGGAGUGGAAAAAGUCUGGAAAAUUCUGAGGAGAAAACAAAGGGCAGUAGGGAGCCCACUUCAAUCCAAACAGAAGGAGAAUCUAGUAAAAAACCAGCAAGUGAAGCUACUGAAACUGGCCCAGUUGAUACAUCAUCGGGUCAGCAAUCUGUUCCAGUAAAGUCUGUACCAAAGCUGCCCCCACCAUUUCCUCAGCGUUUUAGAAAACAACAGCAAGAUGGGCAGUUCAGGAAGUUUCUGGAUGUACUGAAACAGCUCCAUAUCAAUAUUCCCUUGGUGGAAGCCUUGGAGCAAAUGCCCAACUACGUUAAGUUCUUGAAAGAUAUUUUGACGAAGAAAAGGAGGCUGGGUGAGUUCGAAACCGUUGCUCUCACAGAAGGUUGUAGUGCUAUGUUGAAAAGUAAAAUCCCUCCUAAAUUAAAAGAUCCAGGCAUCUUUACGAUUCUAUGUUCUAUUGGUGGAAGAGAGUGGGAAGAGAUGUGGGAAGAACUUUAUGCGAUUUGGGCGCGAGUAUUAAUCUAA